CGGGUAUUAGAUGUCUAGGCAUCGCGUAGCACCCGUCGUUCAAUUGUUUUCGCCUGGGUCCCCAGUCGAGGUGGAUGUCUACUCGCUUAGUGUGGAAUGGAAGUACGAAGUAACAGGUUCGUCCUUUUUCUCUUGUGUUCUUUCCCUGAUGUGAAUCUCGACCAUCGAAACAAUAUACUCUCGGGACUAGACAUGACUCCGGGACCCCCAUGGCUCGACGUAUAUAAAGGAAUGCGAAUUAUGACCGACCCUGCCCGCCUUUGCGAAAGAAAAUGUGGUCAUCCUCGUUCUCACCAGCCUUCGUCUUCUCGUCACUGCAACUUUAUGAGGCAACGCGUAGAAUUUACUCUUCGAUUCCAGUGAAACGUGCGGAAUCUUUGCCCCAAUGCUGCCAUUGUGGUUGGCGAGGCGCGCAUGCCCCGAGAUGCCCUUUCCAGUAAAUGAAGUUCACCCAAUAGAUCCUUGGCUAAUGUUAUUCGUGAACCUGCCAAUCUCACACCGCGCCACUCCCAUAGAAUUCAUAGAUACAGAUGUGCGCCACUGUUCCUCGCAUUCUUGUUAUCUAUCACAUAUAUGUAUUCGCUAGUCCUGCUCUUACUAUUUACUGUACUCUAGGGUGUACCAGCUGUAGAAGGGCUAGUUAUAUUUUGAUUCCACUAUUUUCGGUACCUAUAUAACACUCUAGCGCGUCUCCUUCAGUUUUUCAUGCGAAGAAGAGACUGGAACAACGUGUAGCGUCGCA